AUGCAAGCCCUCCGCGCCACCCUGCCAGCUCUAACCACGACCCUGCAUCACUUCGCGUCCUCUACUUCAACCUUCCAACUCCUCAAAACUAUCUCCGCUACUCCUCCUCCACCUCCACCAAAGACCCUGUAUAUCCUAGAUUCCUCCUUCAACCCCCCAACCCUCGCACACCUCCACCUUUUAACCAGCGCCCUCCUCCCUUCCCCCCAACCCGUCACGCCUCCCAAACGCGUCCUCCUCCUCCUCUCCACCCAAAACGCCGACAAAGCCCCCAAACCCGCAUCCUUCGAACACCGCCUCGUCAUGAUGGAGCUCUUCGCCCGAGAUCUCCUCUUCACCCUCCCUAAACCCCAAACCUCUACCUCAAACGAGCAACAAAUCGCCAUCGACAUCGGCAUCACCAAACUCCCCUACUUCCACUCCAAAUCCGCUUCCAUCGAAGAAUCCGGCGUCUACCCGCCAGAAACAACGCAAAUCCACCUCCUGGGCUACGAUACCUUGAUCCGGUUGCUGGAUACGAAAUACUACCCCCCGGAGCACAGUCUGUCUGUGCUAGAGCCGUUUUUGGCGAAGCAUAGAUUACGGGUUACGUAUCGGGGCGGGGAGAGAGGGGUGCAGGAUGCGUAUUUGAAGACGCUGGGGGAUGGGGGGAGGGAGGACGAGGGUGGGAAGAGGGAGUGGGUGGAGGAGGGGAGGAUUGUGUUGGUUCAUGGAAUUGGGGAUGGGGAGGGAGAGGGAGAGGGAGAUGGGGUUAGUAGUACGAGGGUUAGGGGGGCUGUUAGGGGGGGAAGGAGGGAGGAGUUGGGGCGGUUGGUUACGGUGGGGGUUAGGGAGUGGGUUUUGGGGGAGGGGUUGUAUUUGGAUGGUGAGUGA